AUGGUUUUCUCGUCUUUCUCUAUUUCUCUACGUAAAGCCCAAGAUAAUUGUAUUAGAUUUACUGUUCGUGAAAUAAAUUCUAGAAAAUUAUGUUGGCAUUAUCCUUUAAGCAAUUACAUAAUAACUGAUCAAUCAAUUGAUUCAGUGUUGGCAAAUUACGAUUGUUUUCCACUUCAAAUAGUAGAGUUAUUAGGUGUCAUUAAAACUGCAGCAAUAGAUUGGUCAAAAGUAACAGUUUCACUUGGAUUAAAACGAGAAACAGUUCUGUCACUACAAGCUUUUCGAAAACGUAAUGAGGAGGCAAAAAGAAAUCUAGCAGCAUUGAAGGAACAAAAAAAGGAUGUAGAUUUUGAACAUUAUCGUAAAAUUUUGAAGAAUCAAGCAAUAGUUAACGAGGCUGAAAAGGUUUUCAAAUCGUUUAAACCUACUAAAGUUGAUUUGGAUAAGCAAAUAAAUAUUAUUGAAACUUUUGAGAAUAAGGCUGUUGCAAAUGCAGAAAAAACUGUAUCCAGAUUUGAUUCAGAAUUUCAACAAUUGCAAAAAACCUUGACAGAUAUUGAAAAGGCUAGACCUUUUGAGGAUACUACAGUCGAUGAUAUAGUUAAAGCUAAACCAGAGAUUAAUGAUAUUGUAGAGAAAAUGAUUAAGAAGGGACAAUGGACUGUACCUGGUUAUUUUGAAAAAUUUGGUUAUGGAUUUUAA